UUUUGAGUCGCACGGUUCACGGAACUCUUUUCUUUUUUAUCAUAUUCGAGUUUUCGAAUACAUGUAUGCCCUUAGGAUAUCAUCUGAAGUAUAUAUUUGGCAAAAGAAUCUAGAUUGAUAAUGAAUCGAGUUUUAAUCAAUUGUUUCAGAAAGAAUAGGAACAAAUUUAUUUCAAAAAUUUACGAUAAUAACAUUAUUCAUUUAAUUUGAAAAAAAUUUUUCACAAGUAUGGGAAUAUAUUUAACCAUACCUAAUAAUUGAAUUGCUGAAACCCUAUAAUAAUGUAGAUCUGUGUUAAGAUUACUACUUAUUGAGUCAUACAGGAUAAACACCCAAUGUAAACUGAUAAAAUAUAUAAAUAAAACGUUCACCUCGGAGAUAAAAAACGGCGCAUUCAUCAGCUCAACACUUUCAAAAAUGGUCAGGGAUAGGUUAGAAGAAUUUAAAAGGGCUCGUGAAUCGGAAAAUAGUUAUGAACGCUUGGAUUCCACCAUAGUAAUAGAAGAGAAUCGUCUAAGAAAUAUUUUCGAACUGUCGGAAGAAAUUGGUCAAGGAAUUGAGAACAUAAGGGAAAAUGUUGAAACGUGUGAUCAUUAUAUGAAACAGAUAUUUGAAUCACCGUACAUGGAAAAAGAGUUGAGUGAUAAACUAACAGAAAUUUUUCAACAAAAUGGCAAAUUGACGAGAAUUAUCACCUCUAAAUUGAAACAAUUCGAAGAUCACGUGAAGAAUACCAAUAAGACAUGUACCGUCGGCCGAAUAGAAAUGAUUCAAUACAACACGCUGAGGACGAGGUUUAGGGAGUAUUUAAAAAAAAAUAACGACCAGAUGGAAAAUUUGCGGACCUAUAGAAUAAAUAAUUAUAAAACUCAACUGAGAGUGAAAGGUGUUGAGGUUGCUGAUGAAGAAUUUACAGAACUAUUGAAUGGGAGCCAACAACAACUCUUCAACGAUAAUGUGCUUAUCGAAACAGCGGAAGCCAAACGAUUGUUAACCGAAGCAGAAGAACUCAAUGUUCAACUACAGAAAAUCGAAAGUUUAAUCAUAGAAAUCAGGGAUCUUUUCGUGCAAAUGUCGGUUUUAGUAGAAGACCAGCAAGAAUUAAUCGAUGUGGUGGAAUAUCAAACACAAAAAGCAGUGGAAUAUAUUUACAAAACGCCAAUUCUUUUGAGAGAAGCUGAGGAUAAAAAACGUAAAGCUUUCAAGAUGAAAUUUAUGUGCUUUGGUAUAAUAGCCAUCGUGAUUGUGAUAUUAGUUCUAUCCUUUAUAUACAAUUGAUGUUUAAAUGAUUUUUUCACGAUUUUAUUUUAUUUUCAUUAAAAAUCUCAAUCAUU